CACCCUCUUGCGUCUGCGCAGAGGCGGGCCCGUACUGAAGAUUGUCCCGCGUGGCUCUCCGUCCGCUCCAGGCGCGCCGGCGCGCGCCGCUCCCGGCGUCGGGGAGACGGCAGCGAUGGCGUUCCGGUGUCAGCGGGACAGCUACGCCCGGGAGUUCGCCACCACCGUGGUCUCCUGCCGUCCCGCGGAGCUGCAGACAGAAGGAAGCAACGGCAAGAAGGAGGUGCUGAGCGGUUUCCAAGUGGUGCUGGAAGACACGCUGCUUUUCCCCGAGGGCGGGGGGCAGCCUGAUGACCAUGGUACAAUUGAUGGUGUCCCUGUGCUGAGAGUGACCCGCCGGGGGGCUCAGGCUGAUCAUUUCACACAGACACCCCUGACCCCUGGGAGUGAGGUCCAGGUCCGGGUGGACUGGGAGCGGAGGUUUGACCACAUGCAGCAGCAUUCAGGGCAGCAUCUUAUUACAGCAGUUGCCGACCAUCUGUUUGGGCUAAAGACAACAUCAUGGGAGUUAGGGCGACUCCGGAGUGUGAUUGAGCUGGAUAGCCCCUCUGUAACUACAGAGCAAGUAGCUGCCAUCGAGCAAAGUGUCAAUGAAAAAAUCAGAGAUCGGCUGCCCGUGAAUGUGCGAGAACUGAGCCUGGAUGAUCCUGAGGUGGAGCAGGUGAGGGGCCGGGGUCUGCCGGACGAUCAUGCUGGGCCCAUUCGAGUUGUUACCAUCAAGGGUGUUGAUUCCAACAUGUGCUGUGGGACCCACGUGAGCAAUCUCAGUGACCUUCAGGUCAUUAAAAUUCUGGGCACUGAGAAGGGGAAAAAGAACAAAACCAACCUGAUAUUUCUGGCUGGGAACCGAGUGCUUAAGUGGAUGGAGAGAAGUCAUGGGACUGAAAAAGCACUGACCUCUCUGCUUAAGUGUGGAGCAGAGGAUCAUGUGGAAGCAGUGAAAAAGCUACAGAACUCCACCAAGCUCCUGCAGAAGAGCAACCUGAAUCUGCUCAGAGACCUGGCUGUGCAUGUUGCUCACAGCCUCAGGAACAGCCCAGACUGGGGAGGUGUGGUUGCAUUACACAGGAAGGAGGGUGAUUCUGAGUUCAUGAAUAUCAUUGCCAAUGAGAUUGGGUCAGAGGAGACCUUCCUGUUCUUAACUGUGGGCGAUGAGAAAGGUGCUGGACUCUUCCUACUGGCAGGGCCGGCUGAGGCUGUGGAGACCCUGGGGCCCAGGGUGGCUGAGAUCCUGGAAGGCAAAGGAGCAGGGAAGAAAGGCCGCUUUCAGGGCAAGGCCACCAAGAUGAGCCGGCGGUUAGAGGUGCAGGCGCUUCUCCAGGACUAUGUCAGCACGCAGAGUGCUGAGGAGUGAGGACUCGGGCGCCUCCCUGCCGCCUGCCGUUGAGAAUGGGCCUCCUGUGACCACAGAAUCUCUUGGACAAUAAAAUAGUUUGACUUGAAA